ACGCCGUGCUGGCUUAACAUUGCCACGGUGACACCCGCUCUCUGGGAGAAUCUCCUUGGUGACGCCCCUUGCUGACAUGCCUGUUGGCUCCUUUCAAGGCAGGUGCAUCCUGGAGCCAAACGUCAAACUUGGAGCAGAGAUGGACGUCUACGAGGGCCACCAGGUGGACCGGCGGAGGAUGUGGGGAGACGCGCACCCCUGUGGGGAGCACUACGUCCGGCACGAGACGGCAGCUCAGCGUUACAGCGCCACCCGCAUCCAGGCCGGACUGGGCCCAGAGAGUAUGGCAGAUUACUUAAUCAGCGGCGGCACGGGCUACGUCCCCGAGGACGGACUCUCGGCGCAGCAGCUCUUCUCCGUCGGUGACGGCCUCACAUACAACAGAUGUGACCAACACUCCGACGGUCAAACGGCUGAAGAGCUAUGCUCUAAAGGAGAUGGGUUGACCUACAAUGACUUCCUGAUCCUGCCAGGCUUCAUCGACUUCACCUCAGACGAAGUGGACUUAACAUCAGCACUGACCAAGAAGAUCACAUUGAAGGCCCCGCUCAUCUCUUCCCCCAUGGACACCGUCACAGAGUCGGCCAUGGCCAUCGCAAUGGCGCUAAUGGGAGGCAUUGGCUUCAUCCACCACAACUGCACGCCCGAAUUCCAAGCCAACGAGGUCCGCAAGGUCAAGAGAUUCGAGCAAGGCUUUAUCACGGACCCUGUGGUCAUGAGCCCCCGCCAGACGGUCGGCGACGUGCUGGAGGCCAAAGUGCGCCACGGCUUCUCGGGCAUACCCGUCACGGAGACGGGCAAGAUGGGCGGAAAGCUGGUGGGCAUCGUCACCUCCAGGGACAUCGACUUUCUGUCGGAGAAGGAACAUAACAAGACCCUGGCGGAGGCGAUGACAAAGAGGGAGGAGCUGGUGGUCGCUCCGGCUGGUGUCACUCUAAAAGAAGCAAAUGACAUUUUGCAGCGCAGCAAAAAAGGUAAGCUCCCCAUCGUGAACGACAACGACGAGCUGGUGGCCAUCAUCGCCAGGACGGAUCUGAAGAAGAACCGGGACUACCCGCUGGCCUCCAAAGACUCGCGCAAGCAGCUGCUGUGCGGCGCCGCCAUUGGCACCCGUGACGAUGACAAGUACAGGCUGGACCUCCUAGUGCAGGCGGGCGUGGACGUGGUGGUUCUAGACUCGUCACAAGGCAACUCCGUGUUUCAGAUCAACAUGAUUAACUACAUCAAGCAGAAAUUUCCCGAAUUGCAAGUGGUGGGUGGAAAUGUGGUGACAGCGGCGCAAGCCAAGAAUCUGAUCGACGCCGGAGUGGACGCACUGCGGGUCGGCAUGGGCUGCGGCUCCAUCUGCAUCACGCAGGAAGUCAUGGCAUGUGGGCGGCCUCAGGGGACCUCGGUCUACAAGGUGGCCGAGUACGCCCGGCGCUUCAGCGUGCCAGUUAUCGCCGACGGCGGCAUCCAGACGGUGGGACACGUGGUCAAGGCGCUCUCCCUCGGAGCAUCCACAGUCAUGAUGGGCUCCCUGCUGGCGGCGACCACUGAGGCUCCCGGUGAGUACUUCUUCUCAGACGGCGUGCGGCUGAAAAAGUACCGCGGUAUGGGCUCCCUGGACGCCAUGGAGAAGAGCACCAGCAGCCAGAAACGUUACUUCAGCGAGGGCGACGCAGUGAAGGUGGCCCAGGGCGUGUCUGGCUCGGUGCAGGACAAGGGCUCCAUCCACAAGUUUGUACCUUACCUCAUAGCCGGUAUCCAACACGGCUGCCAGGACAUCGGGGCCAAGAGUCUCUCGGUGCUCCGCUCCAUGAUGUACUCUGGAGAGCUCAAGUUUGAGAAGAGAACCAUGUCUGCACAGGUGGAAGGAGGUGUUCACGGACUUCACUCUUACGAGAAGCGUCUUUACUGAGCUGCGGAUGGGCCACCACACCACCUUAUUUAAGAAGGAAAAAAAAAGGAAAAAAAAAAAAAAAAAGUGACCAAAUGUUUAACUGACAAUAAACCUCCCACCCCACCCACCAUGAAGUUCACCUGUAGCUCAUCUCCACCCCUGACUCUCCACCAACAUCAAGCGGGCAGCCCAGGGGUGAGGUAUUCACGGAGGGCGCCUUGCACGCAAGACGCGGCACAUCAGGGUUUCCGGAUAUUCCUUGACGACACAUUUGAGUCUCGCGUUUUUUGGUUUGUGGUCGUGUUUUUGUUUUUUUUCUUUCCGUGAAUUCUAUUGUUUACUUUGGAGCCUCGGGCGCCGCCUGCAAUCAGCAGACCCGGCUCCACUCAUUCAUGAGCUUAAAAAUCACACGACGGGACCAAAAACUGAAUAUAAUCAGGUAUGUUUCCACGAGUGAGUUUGUUAUAAAGGCUGUAUAGUCUCUUCUGGGCUUUAAAUUGAGGGACAAAGGGUUUUUGAUAUGCAUGUUCUUUUUCCACGAGCCCAACACGGUUGUAUUUUUAUCCCGCUUUGUUGUAACUGCAUACGUACUGCCAAUUAUAUUUAUACGUGCUCCUUUUGUAACGUCAAAAUCAAAUCUAGCGUAAACAAACAGCCUGUUACAUGUGUUACACCAUUUCUGCCCCGUUUCCUUUUUAUUACGACUGGUUGUUUUUGCUGGAUGCUUUAAUGGUACUUUAAAGUGGACAGUCUCCGUUACAAAAUGACUUGCUGCGCGUGUUUUUCCAAGGCGUAUUAUGUACACUACUCGUCAAAAGUUUGGCCACACUUUCUCAUGCUGUUGAAUGAGAAACCGUCUCCAAACGUUUGACUGUUAAUGUAUUUGAUGAAGCCUUAUGCUAAAGCCCCACAGUUUCUACAUAAGGCUUAAGUACUUCGCCCUGCACUGGGUUCGCUCAACUUGCUAAGUCUUGUAAUGUAAAGAGACUGCACAAAAGGUACAUGAAAAUAUAAGCUUUGCGUUCCUCAUAUGCAGACUUUAAAACAUUUUUAUUUUUUUUCAUCCUGAAUUGAGAAGCUUGGUAUACGAGGGCAGUAUUUGUUUUGGGGGACCACCUGUUUACCGUCGAAAAAGCACUGCAGAGGGGAAGCUGCUUUACUGUUCAAUUUGGUGAAACAAAUAAAGAAAUCAAACUGUU